AUGACGUUGACAGAGACGCAAAUACGAAACAUAAACCUCAUAGAGGACUGGACCGAGAGCCGGAUCCGACGGUACUUUGAGACAGGGGUCGACGCGGCGGCGCCCACCUUCCCGCCGCCCGAGGCCGAGGUGUUCCGCACCUGGUUCCCGGGCCUCCCCUUGAGCCGCACGGCCUCCGAGAAGCCGGCGCUGCUGGUCCUCUGCUUCCCCAGCGCAGGCACCUCGGAGGACACCUACACGAGCGAGGGCACCGGGGUCCGCCGGGCCCCAUCCCCCCUCCUGGACUGGUGCCGGGCCAACAACGCCGAGUGUUUGGCCGUGCAGCCGCCGGGGCGCAACCUGCGCAGCAAGCACGCCUUUGCAGACAGCGCGGCGAGUCUGGCGAAAGAAUUGCUACCUGUGGUCGCGUCUCGCCUGGCCAGCACCCCCUACGUCAUCGUGGGGCACAGUCUCGGCACCUGGCUGGCCUUCGAACUGCUGUCGGCCGCCAGGGACGCGGGCCUGCCCCUGCCCCUGCACGCCUCCCUCUCCGCGCUGUGCGCCCCCGACAUCCCUUUCGACCAGCGGCCCUGGCGCCAGCAGCGGACCCUUGGCGAGGAGGACUUCAAGGCGCGCGGGAGUAUGGUCCUUCCCCUCUGUGUACCGUCCCGUGUGCAGGAGGAGUGCCGCGGCUGGAGUGUGAGCGAGAUCCUGUUCACGCCCGCGCUCUGGCCGACAUACCAGCCCAUCAUGCGAGCAGACUUCCGACUGUUUGACGAGUACGAGUUCACCAGAGCGGGGGAGGCGCCCUUUGACUUCCCCAUCCACGCCUACUGGGGCACCGGCGACCUCAGGAUCAAGCAGUGGAUGGUGGAGGGCUGGCAGCGCUUCACCAGCGGCAGCUUUGCCUGCACCCCCAUCGAUGGCAACCACCUGUGGAUCCAAGACAAGGCGGCCAAGCAGGCCUGGCUGGCAUCGAUCGCAAAGGAUCUUGAGGGUGUGAUGGGCUCGAGAGCCUGA